AUGUUGGUUCUCUUCUACCCAACUGACAUCUCCCGCUUCCCAACCCGGCUUUGUGGAUCACAGGGUCCCAUGUGUCGCCUUGGGCGGCUCGGCGACAGCUCGGGAGAUUUUGCGCUGGGUUUCUCCAGCAAAUGCACCGCAUGCACCUGCCGGUCUGCUACGGGUGCACAACGUACCGUCGUUCCCAUAACGACGUGGGAUGACACUCAAGUCUACUAUCACCUUCACAUCAGCAAAACUGGGGGCACAACGUUGGAGCACAUUGUGCAGCAGUUGGUGCGGCAUCCAGCCUCACCUGCAGCCAUGACGGUGUGCAAAACGGAGAAGCAUCCGUUUUCUCACCCGCCGUUGUUUGCAGACCCAAAGGAAUUGGAGCGUAGCGGCUGCAACGUGAUCACGGCAGAGGGUCGCAUGCGCUUCAUUGAGCAGCAGCUGCCGUAUGUUCAGCCACACAUGCUGAUUCUCCUCCGCCACCCCGUACUGCGAACGCUGUCCCAGUUCCGACACGACCUCAUUCAGGAGUCGACGUUGGCGAAUAAGGAGUGGCGCACGCCGUACACGGGCGGCUUCUCGUCGCUCAAGGAGCUCUACAAGAACACAAAGGGCGUUGUGCACAAGCGGUACCGCGACUGGCAGUCUGACCUGCUGUACCAUCCAAACAUCACCUUCCCUGACGCGUUGGAGAACAUGACCUUCAUUGGCAUCACUGAUUUCUACAAGACCACCAUGUGCCUCUUCUACUUUACCUUUCAGAUUCCAUCGCUCUUGGACGGGUGUCAGGAGCGGCCACUGACGGUGUACAACAAAGCAUGCCAGGGUGACGAUUGCGAGCGGUUUCAGAACACAAAGGAGCGGCAUGUCAGGGACGAGGACAAUCACAAGCGCCUCAACGAUGCACUCAGCCACGUCGACACAGAGGUCACACGGGAGUUGAUUGAGGAGCACACGCGACUGGACCAGGCGCUGUAUGACGCCGCCCUCGAUCUCUUCUGGCGCCGCGUCGCCGUCAUGGAGCAGGUCGUCGGCGAGCAGUUCCACGACCUUCCAGAUGAAUACCGGCUCCGCAUUACCCGCCUGCCGUCCGACCCUGUCUUCGAACCCCUGUAG